GACACUUUUCCACGUCGCGCGCCCAACGGUUGAGGCAGGGGAGGCUGCGCGCGCUCGUGCAAAGGCCGGGAAAAAAUGGCGGCGCCCGUCUUGCGAGUGUCCACCCCUCGCUGGGAGCGGAUAGUGCGGCUGCUCGUGUGUCUCUCAGGAAUCCUGUUAUCCCUGUACGCAUUCCAUGUGGAGAGGGAAAAAACCCGCGACGCCAACUACCGCGCCAUGUGCGACCUGAGCAGCUCCAUCAGCUGCUCCAAAGUCUUCACGUCCAGAUGGGGUCGAGGAUUUGGACUGUUGGGAUCCAUUUUUGGGAACGACAGUGCAGUAAACCAGCCAAACAGUGUCUAUGGAAUUUUGUUUUAUAUCUUUCAGCUGUUACUAGGUUUGACGGCCAGUGCGAUGGCUGCUCUGAUUCUCAUGACCACCUCCAUCGCGUCAGUGAUGGGCUCCCUCUACCUGGGCUACAUCCUCUACUUUGUCCUUAAGGACUUCUGCGUCAUCUGCAUCACCACAUAUGCACUGAACUUCAUCCUGUUUGUGCUCAACUACAAGCGACUGGUUUACUUGAACGAGGCCUGGAAGCAGCAGCUCCAAGCCAAGCGGGACUAGACACAAAAAAAAAACAAAAAAACAACAACAAAAGUAUAGAAGGAUAACAAAUCAUCCAACACGUGGGGAAAAUGUGACCUCUGAAAAAUUUGUGACUUGCCACCAGGAGACCUUGCUUCCAAACAAAUGUUCAUUCUGUUGUGUGUGUGUAAAACGAAACAAAAAAUUAAACAAGGAAAGAAAACAUGUAUCUUUAGGGGCCACAGAUCACAGGUUUAUUGCAUUGCAAGGAAGGAAUGGAAAACAGAAACACAAAUCUUUGUCCCCUUUGAUUUCUCGUUGGUUUUCUUUGUUCCCUGAGAUGAAAAUGAGGUUUGCGCUUUGAUCGAUCGAGAGAGAGAGCAGUCAGAAAGCACUUGCGAAACAAACAGAAGAGGGUGUCCUUUCCCUGAGGAGUAAAAUAAUGGAGAAAACAAUGUGAGAAAUUCUGUUUACUUGAAUCCACUGGGAAAGCCGUUGCUCUUUGGAAGCAGCUGAUUCCAGCGGGACUGAAUUUAAGGGUUUAUAAAGGGUAAACACGAAUGAUCAUGAGGCUAAUGUACCGCUCGCAGAGAUGAUUCCACAAAAACGACGGAUUACUAUUGAAAACAACAAAUAAAGUGUAAUUUUUUUAUGUUUACAGAUUUUUUUUUUUUUUUGGUGUAAUUAUUUUGGAAGAGGACCACUCAUAAACAUGGAAGAAUGUGAGCUGUAUGUGUGUAGAUCAGAUUUGUCUGUGACUACUUUUUUUUUUUUUAUUUGUUUGUUUUGCAGUUCUGUAAAUAGCUGCCGCAAAGCAAUAUUCCAGACUAGUCUGUGUUUUACCGUUGAAACAUUAAAAAGUCCCAAUCUACGGCAUGUCCGUCACUUCCAAUGAGUGCUUUCAACAGCGAUGGUGCGGGUUAUUCUUUGUGCAAGUGUUUUAGCGUUUUACUCAUCCUAAGGGGGUCUUGAUCCAGAUUAAACGCUGCAUUUUGUCGUGUUGGAAUUACUGUAAUUGAGAUGAAGUUGUAAUGAAUUAUUUAUUUCUCCGUCAGCGCUCAUAACACCAAAUCGGGGUUUGGUUUUAAAGGAAUACUAAGCAAAAAAGAAAAAUUGCUCACCUUCAGGCCAUCCAAGAUGUAGAUGAGUUAGUUUCUUCAUCAGAUUUGGAGGAAUGUUGCAUUGCAUCAGUGUCUCAGCAAUGGAUGCUCUGCAGUGAAUGGGUGCCGUCAGAAUGAGAGUCCAAACAGCUGAUAAAAACAUCACAAUAAUCCACACCACUCCAGUUCAGCAGUUAAUGUCUUGAGAAACCAAAAGCUGCAUGUUUGUAAAAAUCAAAUCCAUCAAGACAUUUUUAUUUUUGAGCUUUUGUCUUCACAAGCUGUUAAUUAAUGGACUGGAGUGGUGUGGAUUGUGAUGUUUUUAUCAGCUGUUUGGACUCUCAUUCUGACGGCACCCAUUCACUGCAAAGCAUCCAUUGCUGAGACACUGAUGUAAUGCUACACUUGUCCAUGAAGAAAGAAACUUAUUAAUAAACUCAUCAUUUUGGUAAUUCCAACAAAUUCAGAAUGAAAAGAUCACAUGGAAUGUUUUCAGUGUGUUCCUGGAUUUGUCAGACAUCAACUUUAGACUACUUUUUUAUUGUUGGUUUCAUAAGUACGUUAAUGUUCCUUAUAGAAGUAAACAGAGAGGUUUUGCCCUCUCCCAGGUUUCCAUUCUUUGUGGUUGAGUUUUUAGGUUUAUAUUGUCAUUUUGUCACGUUCAUCAUACUACAGUUUAUCAUUUUUGUGUUUAGUUGGUGAUUUUUCACGUGAAUAUUUUGAGACGUCACGUGAGCUGCAUCUACUGUACUACUGUAAUGUAAUUUACCCCACUUCUGUUACCCAGAAACCCCUCAACCUGCUGUCGCCUUGACCUUCCCAUGAAAUGACAAGUACCCACAGCUCUUGAUCCCCUUCACCUCUACCUCUCAGUGUUUGUCUAGCUGUUUUGAUGUCGAGGGAUGCAACAGAAAAGUCAAAACCUGCCAGUUUUAGUUCAUCUUUUAAGUUUGUUUGGAGUCAAAAUGCAUCAGAUCUUUCAGUGUAUGCGUUUAGAUCCACAAUAUUACUGAUAAACUGAAAAAUAAAGGGUCAUUGAUGGUUCCUUAAAGAACCUUUAACAUUCCAUUCCACUAAAGGUUCUGUAUAGUCAGAAGUGUUCUUCACAUUAAGAAAAAAGUAAUUGAAAGGUUCUUUGGGGAACCAAAAAUGUUUCUUCUAUGGAAUUGCUGCGAAAAAACAUUAUUUUUAAGAGUUUGUUUUAUAUCAGCACUUGCACUGUUGUAUUAGACAUUGAAAGUCAUUAUUUUGUCAGCUCACAAUUCAAACUCAAUCUGAAUUUACCAACUGUCCAGUCCAGUAUUGCACAAGUCAAACUCGUACUCAUUUUCUGGUGAUGUUGAGCUAAUUUCAGUCUUCGAAUGGCCAUCAGGUGUGCUUUGUGUAGAUGAUAGGAGCUACUGGAACGUGGAAAUGUGAUGCGUUGUUGAAGUCAAGAGAAACGAAUUGAACUGGUGUAGUGAACAUGAAACGGCGUGAAUGAAAGCGAUUGAUCUACAGACUGUUGGUGUCGAUUCAGUUUACAAAACAUUGAAAAGACGUUGUUUACUGGAAAACAUUAGACACGAAUCUGUAACUUUGCCCCUCACAGUCUUGCUUUCAUUCACAACAGUUUAGAAAUGGUUUCUACUCGAACUAAACUCUAUUGGUGAUGUUAAGUUAUUCCUUGAACGGUUGGUUGGUUUAAUUUAUUGACCUUUCUUUAGUUGAUGAUGAUGCUUUUGUGAAGCACGACUUGUGGUUGCUGUCUUUGUCUGUGUGGCUGAACUCGGAUCUUCGUAACACGUUUUCAGCCAAGCUUGCGAACAAAUCGAAAGGCGGUCAGAGUUUCGCAGCUCAAUUCUACAGGAGUUGAUGUGAUUUGUACAUUAGUUGCUUGUGAGUUCUGUUGGUUUUAUAUAUUUCACACAAACUAAUUAUGAUGACAGAAAGGUAAUUUCUCCAAUUAAACUCCACAUGAAACAGUUUGCAGCCCUUUUUAUUUCAGAAAUGUGAUGUUUCAGAGUGCAACUGGAUAUUUAUUGUGAAAAGGGUCCGAUUGUGUAAAUAUUUUUUAUUAACCAAUAACCUGGGCAACAUGAUCUUAAAAGUCGUUUUAUGUGUGUAUCACGUUUUUCAAGUAUUACAAGAAAAUUGUAAUAAUGUGAAUUGUUAAAGAGUAGGAAGUUGUUGACUGCAAAAAUGAUUUUAUUACUCAGUAUUUUUGUCUUGUUUUCCAUAAAUAAGACUUAAAGCAACAUGACAUAAGAUGAAUUGAAUUAAGUUUAUUUUUCUGAUCCCAUUGGCAGAUAUGUUUCUUGUUUUAAGUGCAAACUCUUUUCAUUUUGGUACUUUGUUUAGAAAACAAGACUCAUUUUGCUUCUGAAGUAAAUAUAUCUUGAUUUAAAUGCAUCUUGAAAUUAAGACAAAAUACUCAGUAAGAAUCAUUUUUUUGCAGUGCAUUAAGAAAGUAAAUAGUUGGUUUUGACAGAUGACAUCUAAGGCUUUUUUUUUUUUUUUUGCAUAUUAAAUUUAUACCCAAUUCAAAUGACAAGGAAUGACAAGAUCCGCCCCAAAAUAAUGAAAAAGGGUUGCCUUCACAACGUCAAAUCCAUUAAAAGUGCCUUCUGUAUGUCCACUGGGCCUUGGAGUUUGGAGUAACUUUGCAGCCUCGAUUCAAACCGGUUUGGUUAAGUCUGUCCGCUUGCCUCUGUAUGGGUAAGUUAAGACAGAGAUUGGUGACCACUGAAAUAUCUGCGGUGUUAUUGUCUCAAAACCUUUUAAAAUGCAAAUCCAGAUGUCUCAAAGCGGUUUGGUUGUUCCUUCACUCGUCCUGUAUUAUUUAUGAUUAGCUUAGACUCAUAUUUUCUGCAAACACCACUUUUGUCCUGAGAAUCGUACAAUGUGAAUUUCCGAUAGUAAAUAGCAUUGUUUAUUUUUUAGUUCUUUUUAUUUCCUGAUGUAAUUACCGGGGCGUCUUGAUGACGACGAGCCCCUGUAGAUGUACAGACUGUUAACAUUCUAGCUAUUUUAGUAGAUAAACAGACAUGAGAAACGGAUGGAUUGGAUAUUUCAUGUUUGGCCUCGGUUUUUUAUUUCCAAUCGUACCUUUUUGGGGUAUUUUUGUUUGUGGAGAAUAAACUGUGUUUCGGUUUGCUUCUGUAUUUGCCAAAUAUAAGUAAAAAAUGCUGUAUUUUCUUACAUGGAUGAGGUGUUUGGGAGAAGGACGUCGGAGGAACUCUGUGUCUGGGAAUCAGCUGGAGGAGACACCGCAGUGAACAUGAACGCGUGUCAUUGUUGUGUGGAUUUGAUCUGCCAUUAAAACAUUCCCCCAGA